AUCGCUACCUAGGUAACACAGGCUCGGUACUGUUGCUACAGCUGCUAUCAGAUCACGGUCGUUACAUGUAGUGCGCGCGGCGCAUCGCAUAGGUCGAAGUCGUGACGUCUUGAACGAUGUCCCUAAGACAGCUGUCUGCCGGUCUGUGCCUGGGCGUCUUUACCGUCACAGCAAUCGCGGUGCAGGGCCACGAUCAGCCUCAGUCAGAUGCGCCUGCACCAGUCUACGAGACCAGCUACCAUGACAUACCUCAGACACAACUUCGCACCCCUGACAUCGCAAUCACAGGCCCAACCAUCAAUGGGCCCUCGAUUUCCCCGUUCAUUAGCAACCUUCAAGACCUGCACAAUGGUCUGGAGACGAUGCAGAGCUCUUACUUCUCGAUAUGGCUGGGAAAGUACACCACUGCAAUCGACUGGACUGCUGCAGUCAUGGCAACUCAUGUGUCAGCAACACUAGCCUCGCUCUCGCGCUCGCUCACAUACACGAUGCCCGGCACCUUCGACAAAUCCAAGAACCUCGAUGUCGAAGCGCAGAUGGUUGAGAAUGAGAUCAACAAAUACUUUGGCCAGAUUUUGACGUACUAUUUUGGUGAAGACCACUUUGCGAUAAGGAUGCAAGCCUACGAUGACAUACUCUGGGUUGUGCUGGGCUGGCUGGAGAGUGUACAAUUCAUCAAGAGCCAUUCAGCAGGACACUAUGCUUCGGAAGACGACUCGAGGAUCCCUGAAUGGCAUGCUCGUCAGUUCAUCCCUGCAUUUGCCCAUCGAGCACGAGUCUUCUACGAGCUCGCCGAGAAAGGUUGGGACUGGCGCCUUUGUGGUGGAGGUAUGACGUGGAAUCCCCGUCUACUGCCGUACAAGAACGCUAUCACGAACCAACUAUUUAUAUCGGCCAGCAUUGGCAUGUAUCUACACUUCCCGGGGGACACGAACUGCUCGCCGUUCCUUUCACAGUACGACAAGAUCAAAGACAAGAACCACAGGAAGCCCAAUGACAAGCUUCUCCACGCCCAAGAGCAUGGCGAUCAGUGCGACGAAAGUGUCAAGGGCGAUAGCUCAUACGAUCCUAUCUAUCUCGCUAACGCGAUCAAUGGCUAUGACUGGCUAAGGAACAGUGGCAUGAUGAACGAGAAGGGCCUUUAUGUGGACGGCUUCCACAUCACUGGCUAUCGCACAAAUCACAGCAAAACCGAAUGCGAUGAACGGAAUGAGAUGGUGUACACAUACAAUCAAGGUGUGGUGCUCUCAGGUCUCAGGGGUCUUUGGGAAGCAACUGGUAAGCAGGCCUAUCUCGAAGACGGUCAUGAGCUCGUGCGUAACGUCAUCCGCGCGACCGGCUGGACAGGGAGACCUCCUUUUGCUGCUACUCAGCCAGAGAAACCUGAUCAGAUACCGGAAUCCCAGAACGAUGUUCUCUUGAACUGGUCCGGCCUGGGAGCGAACGGUAUCCUGGCCGAAGCAUGUGAUCCGUCUGGUACGUGCAAUCAGAAUGGCCAAACCUUUAAAGGCAUUUUCUUUCACCACCUUACGGCCUUUUGUACUCCAUUACCGUCUGUACCUGUUCGCCCGGGCAGGACAUUUGCGGCAAGCCCUGAAACGCGCGCUCUGCACUCUAAAAGCUGUAGGGAAUAUUCAAGGUGGGUCACACACAACGCGGUAGCCGCGUUGCGGACAAGAAACGAGCAAGGUCGCUUCGGCAGCUGGUGGGGUGUGGAUGCAAAUGGUAACGAAGAAAUGAAGGUAAAGCUAGAUGUGAAUGCGACGGAUUAUAGGAAUAAGGCGGAAAGGUACAUGGCGCAGUUCGAGGGGGUGGUCGAUACACCGAUCCAUGACGGGGACGACGGAGAGCGAUUGGCAGGCCACGAUAUGACUGGCGAUCACGAUGAGGACAUAGAUCCAAGCAGCUCCCGCGACCUGAAUGAUCGCGGACGUGGCCGAACCGUCGAAACGCAAGGCAGCGGCGUUGCUGUAGUGAGGGCGAUGCUGGAGUUUUCUAAGUUGGUCGAAAGCGAUGGUGGCUUCGUUUCGUGAGUUUGGAUGUGCAUUUGAGGGCUGACUUGAAUACGACCAAUACGAAUUGCAACACUUAUAAUGAUCCAGCAUCUCGACUAGACGCUAAAACUUCGCAAGUCUAACAAUACACAGGCAGGUAUCGUUCUUUCGCUCCGAAGCAACGAGCCAGUCGCCAAAAUAUCUAGGGCGGGGACCAAAUGAUAAGAGGGAAGAGCUCACAUUGGAUGUUGUCCUGGCUGGGUUUACAGGGGGCAUCUUGGUGCUUUUGAUAUGGGUGGUUGUUUUGGGUGACUGGUAUGAUCUUUGAUCAUUGCGUUAGCCUUUUUCGUACGGAGAGAUUGUACAGUCUAUAAUGCUGGUGUCGGUUGAGUUUGGAGUUUGUGUACAAAAGUCUCCGAGCUGACAAAGGAAAGUCUCCAUCAGCACCCACCCGCAUGUCUCCGAGC